AUGGCAGUUAAGAGGAGAUUUGUUUUGGUGGGGAUUAGAAUGGAUAGCCAUAGCAGACAGCUGCUCAAUUGGGCUCUCGUCAAAGUCGCUGAACCUGGGGAUUCUGUUAUUGCAAUCCAUGUAGUUACAACUCCAGAUUGUGUUUCCAAAAGCAAGCCCUUGGUUGAUGGUUAUUUAGAGGUUUAUCAAGGGUUAUGCGAUGUGAAUAAGGUAGGUCUCUCCGGUCAAAUCUUGAUAGGAAGUUCCAUUCGAGACAUUCUGGUCAGAGAGGCAAAAAACCGUGCUGCGCUGGCUCUAGUGGUGGGGGGUGGAGCUUCCACUGCUAAAUAUUGCGCCAAAAGAUUACCACCCACCACCAAUGUUCUAGCCAUCCAAGGUGCAAGAAUUGUCUUCAGAAGGUGCACAGAUAAACAACAACCAGGUGGUCUAAUAGAGGAUCCAAGAGCAAGUCUUGAUAGCAUAGUGAUCCAGUCUGAAUUUGGUGACUCGGAGGUGGAGAGUGAGAAAUCAACCUGCGAAGAUACCAGAGAAUUAGAGGAAAAAGCAUUUAAAGGAGCACAAAGGUGCAUGAAAGUCUGGUCUAGAUCAAUAUCACUGUUUGCAGAUGACCCUGCUGAGCAGAAGCUUGGGUGGCCACUUCUCCGCAGGGCCCAUUCAGAAUACUCUCAUGCAAAGGACAUGUCUGUAGUACAAUGGGUAUUGAGCUUACCAGAUCGUUCACCACAAAAAAUUCCACACUGCUCCACCAUUGAGGACAAUUGCAUCAGCUAUAGAAAAGUUUCAACUCCAUCUGUCAAGCUGCCAAAGGGCCUGGAAGGGAUUUUAGACGUUAAUAUAUUCAAUUGCAAGUUGUUCAGCCUUGAGGUUCUUAAGUCCUGUACUUGUCAAUUCUCUUCAGAAAAUCUGAUUGGGAAAGGAGGGAGCAAUCGUGUGUACAAAGGAAUUCUGCCUGAUGGGAAGCCAAUCGCAGUCAAAAUUUUGAAGUCAUCAAAAGAAGCCUUGAAAGAUUUUGCCCGUGAGGUGCAAAUAAUGUCCUCAUUGAAGCACGCAAGCAUCACCUCUCUACUUGGGAUUUGCAUUGAAGACAGUGCUUUAAUCUCUGUUUAUGAUUAUUUCCCCAAAGGAAGCUUAGAGGAAAAUCUACACGGCAAGAACAAGGAUGGAUCUUUCUUGUCAUGGGAAGUCAGAUUUAAUGUAGCUGUUGGGAUUGCUGAAGCACUCAAUUAUCUACACAAUGAAACCUCGAAGCAUAUUAUACAUAGAGAUGUCAAGUCCUCAAACAUUCUUCUUUCCCAUGGGUUUGAGCCACAGUUAUCUGAUUUUGGACUUGCCAUGUGGGGACCAACAACUUCAUCUUUCGUGACACGGGAAGACGUAGUAGGAACAUUUGGUUAUCUUGCUCCUGAAUACUUCAUGUAUGGAAAGGUCAGUGAUAAGGUAGACGUAUAUGCCUUUGGUGUAGUGUUACUUGAACUAAUAUCAGGAAGGGAACCAAUCAGCUCCGAGGCUCGCAAAGGUGAGGAGAGCUUGGUCGUAUGGGCAAAACCAAUAUUAGAGAGUGGGGAUGUUAAAGACUUAUUGGAUCCAAAUUUACAAGGGAAGUUUGAUGUGGCCCAAAUGCAAAAAUUGGUUCUGGCAGCAUCUCUGUGCGUUACACGGGCCGCGCGGCUUCGUCCUACAUUGAACCAGAUACUGAAGAUUUUAAAAGGAUAUGAUGAGGAAGUUGAAAACUUUAAUUCCCACGAGAAUAAUCAUGACCAUUCGGAAAAUCAAGAAAAUAUUGAUGAUGAAGUCUAUCCAAAUUCAAGUGCAGAGUUGCACCUGGGCCUUGCAUUACUUGAUGUUGACAAUGACACGACAUCAUAUAGUAGUACAGAACACAGCAAUAUUGAACAUUUGAAAGAACAAUGGAGCAGAUCAUCUAGUUUCAAUUAG